UCCCCACCCACCUCCCUCCCCUCCUCCCACUACCCAAUUCGUCGCCUCCCAGUUCGAGUUCCGCCGCCCGCACCAACCGAAGCCAAGUUUCGAGGCCGCCGCCGCCGAGGAGCAGUAGACGCGCCGCCAUGGCCCGUACCAAGCAGACCGCCCGCAAGUCCACCGGCGGCAAGGCGCCCCGCAAGCAGCUCGCCACAAAGGCGGCGAGGAAGUCGGCGCCGACCACGGGCGGAGUGAAGAAGCCCCACCGCUACAGGCCGGGCACCGUGGCCCUCCGGGAGAUCCGCAAGUACCAGAAGAGCACGGAGCUGCUGAUCCGCAAGCUGCCCUUCCAGCGCCUGGUCCGCGAGAUCGCGCAGGACUUCAAGACGGACCUCCGCUUCCAGUCCCACGCCGUGCUGGCCCUCCAGGAGGCCGCCGAGGCGUACCUCGUGGGACUCUUCGAGGACACCAACCUGUGCGCCAUCCACGCCAAGCGCGUCACCAUCAUGCCCAAGGACAUCCAGCUCGCCCGCCGCAUCCGCGGGGAGCGCGCCUAAGCGAGCGAGGCCAAUCCAGCCCCUGCCGCCGUCGUCGCCGCAUUCGGCAUUCGGGGGCGCAUUCCAACGUUCGCCAGCAUUUGUAGUAGUUGAUUAGCCUCCCUUGUCGAGAUAUGCAUCUUGUGGAUCGUUGUAGAAAACCAUGUUGGUUGGUUACCGUAGUUACAAAGGCUCUUGCCUGCUUAAUUUGUUUUGGUUUGCGGUGAUGCAAACCGAUGCUUACUGUGAUGAAAUUGUUGGUUAAUACAGCGUUGAUUGACAA